AUGGCCCGAAUUAAGGCCAGUAAAUUGGAGUUUAACAUUGUAAUCGGAAGGUCCGACAAUGGUUCUAAUAGAAGGCAAUCAUUUGUAACCAUGAGAUGUGAGAGAAGUGACACGUAUGUUCCACCGAUUCGGAAGUUGAAACGUGAUGAUACAAGAUCAAGAAAAUGUGAGUGUCUAUUUAAAUUACAUGGAUACCGUAAGGUGGAUGAUACAUGGAAAUUUAAUGUGAUUUCUGGUUUACAUAAUCAUGCCUUGCAAAACGAGCUAGUCGGUUAUCCCAUUGUAUGUUGCCUUAAACCAGAGGAGAAAAAAAUUGUUUCAGACAUGUCUUUAAUUAGGGUGGUGCCAAAAAAUAUAUUUGCAAAUUUGAAACAGAAAAAACCUGAAAGUGUUUCAAAUAUCAAGCAGGUACAUAGUUUGUGA